AUGGUGGCAAAAACACUAGGUAAUUUCUUCCUAUUUGUCCAAAUUUUGGUGGAUAAUUUAUCCGGUACCUAUGCUCGUGGGAGGCAGCUGGUUUGGAAGUUCAUUUAUGGUACUGGCAUUUCACAGGUCCGUGGAUUGAAAAGAAGGAAAGAGGCAGCCGAUGAAGAAGCAAAGCUUGCUCUAGCAGACUAUGAGUCAUCAUUGAAGGAGUUAGAAGACAACAACGAGCCAAAAACUCAAGGAACAAAUAUUUCAACUGGUAGGAGGGUUUUUGGUGCUCAAAAAAAGCAGGCAUCUGAACAACCCAAAAAGAAAGUGACAUCAGACAAUUACUAUGGUGACAGUGAUAGUGAAGGUGAGAUAGAUGCCAGAGAAAUUGGCAUCAGUGCUCGUGAAGAAAAUAAUUUUUCUGAGAGGGAAGUUCAUUUUGAUCCCAAUGCACUUCGUGAAGAAUCUGAGAUUGGUCAUGAUUCUCUGUUUAAGAGUUUUGACGAUAUUGCAAGAGACCCCAACUCAAGGACAUCGUAUGAAGUUUCCAUUUUUGCAGCCGACUCGUGGAAAAAGAUGAAUGAUUCGUUAGUUAAAGGCAAGCAGACAAAAUCUGCAAACGCAAAAAGUGCAAGCUCUUCACAGAUCACAGAACCUGUUGUGAGUAAGCCUGAUGGGGAGAUAAUUAAUCUCUCUAUAUGCUGAAUCCACAAUGCAACUUUCCCUGGCCUGUUUGUUACUAUGGACUAAUAAUUCUGGUUGCAGGAAAUUGAUGAGGAUAGUGAUGCAGAUGGUGGAGGAGAAAUGGUUGAUGGGAUUUUAACUUCUGGGACUAAGUCCAGAUACGAAAUACCAUCUCAAGAAGAACUUAUUCUUGCGUGCUUUUGCUGGUGAUGAUGUUGAAGACGACUUUGAGAGAGAAAAACAAGAUGCUUUGAAUGAGGAAAUUCCAGAGCCUGAGAAGCCCGUUUUACUGCCUGGUUGGGGCCAAUGGACCAAUAUACAAAAGAAGAGAGGUCCGCCUUCUUGGAUGCUUGAAGAACAUGAUAAUGCCAAAAAGAAAAGGGAAGAAGCUCUCAAGAAGAGAAAAGAUGCAAAUCUUAAUCAUGUUAUUAUCUCCGAAAAGAGGGAUAAGAAGGCUGAAAAAUUACACACGCCGACGUUACCUUAUCCCUUUACUUCCCAAGAAGUUUUUGAGCAGAGCAUUCGGAUGCCCAUUGGACCUGACUUCAACCCCGGGACAGCUGUUGGAGCUCUUAUUCGCCCAGAGGUGGUAAAGAGGAGCGGUAUUAUCAUAAAGCCUAUCAAAUUCGAGGAGGUAAAUCCUCAUGAAAGAGUGCAGGACCACAAACGUGGUGGUGUGCAGAAAAAGAAGGGUGGUCAAAAUAAGGGUAAAGCCACAAAAAAGAAAACCAUGUAGAUCAGAAGGUUAACUGAUUCGCGAGGUUUGACAUUUUAAGGAAGAAAUCUUUAUGGCGGUUGUGUAGUUUUGAGAUUCCUUGGUUGAUGAUAAAUCACUACUUGGGAUCUUUCUUGCCAUGUUCUUGUUCCGGCUCUACAGUUACGGCCUAGUUUCUGCAGUUUUGGUAGAAGAUUUUUUUAGUUGCAGUUGCAUGCAAUGAAGCCUUAGGAAUCAUGAAGAUGUGAGGCUUUUCUCUCCACACAUGCAGCAAAAAGGUUUUUGU